AUGAACAGCUGUCAGUCGCCGAAAUCACCAACAUGUUGUUUCGAACCGCAUAAUCAGAUGGUAAAAUGCGAUCCACGACACGGCAAAUACAUGGCUGUGUGCCUUUUGUUCCGUGGUGACGUGGUGCCCAAGGAUGUUAACGCUGCCAUUGCCACCAUCAAGACGAAACGUUCUAUUCAGUUCGUCGACUGGUGUCCAACUGGUUUCAAGGUAGGAAUCAAUUAUCAACCGCCGACGGUUGUGCCAGGUGGCGAUCUUGCCAAGGUACCACGUGCUGUCUGUAUGCUGUCGAAUACUACCUCCAUCGCUGAGGCUUGGGCCAGACUCGAUCACAAAUUCGAUUUAAUGUACGCUAAAAGAGCGUUCGUGCAUUGGUAUGUGGGUGAAGGUAUGGAAGAGGGAGAAUUCUCGGAAGCACGUGAAGAUCUAGCAGCUCUGGAGAAAGACUACGAAGAGGUUGGCGUCGAUUCACUCGAAGACAACGGUGAGGAAGGCGACGAGUACUAA